AUAGUCAUAAGCCACAACUUUCACGAAAUUGAGUUUUUCAUGUUGUGGCAUUCUUAACAAUGUCUUCUUCACAAUGUGUUGAAAAAGUUCCAUGUUACUGCAACAGAUGGCAGGCUAUGAUGGAGUGCAGUUCUAUGCUGUGCCAUCUGGUGGUAGUUUCAGAAGAUACAUAGUCACAAGCCACGGCAAAAUGGCAGGUGGGUCAGGGACGUCUGAAGCGUCUUCGGGUCUUCAACGCAUAUUUGACACAGACAGUAGUGGAAGUGAAGAGCUUGACCCUUUGGAUCCUGACAGUGAUGAAUCUUGGCAUCCAUCGACCAGCAGUUCCAGCUCAGAUGAUGUUUCGCUUGAAAUAAGUAGAAUAAAUGAAGAAUCACCCGAAAAACCAAAGCCUUCACAGAAAAGAACGCGAAAUAUUUAUCAGUGGAAGAAAAAUAAACCAAAACGUCGACAAAAUGCUGGCCAGCAGUAUAAGUCUUUAAAAACCCACAAGACUGUUCAGGCUGCUACUAUAGGAAGUCCCUGUACUUGUUUAAAUAAAUGCUUCACAAAACUGCUUGGAGAGGAAGAAAACAUUUUUCAUUCAUUUUGGGACAUAGGAAACUUUAAUGUCCAGAAUACUUACCUGAUGAGCUGUAUGAAAAUGGAACCGAAAAAGCGGAGGAAAACAUAG